UGCGGCUUGGCGACGGAGCUAGUACCCCAGGCUCGGGGCAUGGGGGAGGCUCAGGGCGCUGAGGCGGGCGCGCCGGUGCUCGGAAGCGGAAUCUUCCUGCUGCUUUUCGCGCUGGUGGUCCACCAGCUGCUGAAGCAGAGGCGGCCUGUGGGCUUCCCCCCAGGGCCGCGGGGGCUGCCAGUCAUCGGCAACAUCUUCUCCCUGGCCGCCUCCGCGGAGCUUCCCCACGUCUACAUGAGAAAGCAGAGCCUGGUGUACGGCGAGAUUUUCAGUUUGGAUCUUGGCGGUAUAUCAGCAGUGGUCCUAAAUAGCUACGAUAUAAUAAAGGAAUGCCUUGUUCAUCAAAGUGAAAUUUUUGCAGACAGACCAUGCCUUCCUUUAUUCAUGAAGAUGACAAAAAUGGGAGGCUUACUCAAUUCCAGAUAUGGCCAAGGAUGGAUUGAUCACCGAAGACUAGCUGUAAACAGCUUUCGAUAUUUUGGAUAUGGCCAAAAAUCUUUUGAAUCUAAGAUUUUAGAAGAAACCCAAUUUUUCAUUGAUGCUCUUCAAAAAUACAAUGGUAGACCUUUUGACUUUAAACACUUAGUGACUAACGCUGUUUCAAAUAUAACAAAUCUGGUCAUUUUUGGAGAAAGAUUCGCUUAUGAAGACACUGAUUUUCAGCACAUGAUUGAGUUAUUUAGCGAAAAUGUGGAACUAGCUGCCAGUGCCUCCGUCUUCCUUUAUAAUGCCUUUCCAUGGAUUGGCAUCUUGCCUUUCGGAAAACACCAACAGCUGUUUAGAAAUGCAGCUGUGGUCUAUGAUUUUCUCUCCAGACUUACUGAAAAAGCUUCAGUCAACAGAAUGCCUCAGUCACCUCGGCAUUUUGUGGAUGCUUAUUUAGAUAAGAUGGAUCAAGGUAAAAAUGACCCAUCUUCUACUUUCUCCAAAGAAAACCUCAUUUUCUCAGUGGGUGAACUCAUCAUUGCUGGGACGGAAACUACAACCAAUGUUCUACGCUGGGCAAUUCUUUUCAUGGCCCUUUAUCCCAGCAUUCAAGGACAAGUUUGGAAAGAGAUUGAUUUAAUUAUAGGCCCCAGUAGACAACCUUCUUGGGAUGACAAAUGCAAAAUGCCAUACACUGAAGCAGUUUUGCAUGAAGUUUUAAGAUUCUGUAAUAUAGUCCCAUUAGGGAUUUUCCAUGCAACCUCUGAAGAUGCAGUUGUACGUGGUUAUUCCAUUCCAAAAGGCACAACAGUAAUUACAAAUCUUUACUCUGUACACUUCGAUGACAAGUACUGGAGAGACCCAAAAGUGUUCUGUCCUGAACGAUUUCUGGACAGCAAUGGAUAUUUUGUCAAAAAAGAAGCUUUGAUUCCUUUUUCCUUAGGGAGAAGACAUUGUCUCGGAGAACAGCUGGCUCGGAUGGAAAUGUUCUUGUUUUUUACAACAUUGCUUCAGCGGUUUCACUUGCAUUUUCCACAUGAACUAGUUCCAAAUCUGAAGCCCAGGUUAGGUAUGACUUUGCAGCCCCAGCCUUACCUCGUCUGUGCUAAAAGGCGCUGAAAGUGCAUAGAUGUUUUAAGGAAGACAGAUACAUGUUUACCUUAUCCCAAAUCUUGUUUAAUCUAAUCAGCAUAUUUGGGGAAAAAAAUCACAAUAUCAAAAAGC